AUAAACUUAUUAAAUAGAUCUGAAAUGACAAUAGAUGGAAGCGACGAUAGCUCAGAUGUAUUGAUUGCUCUCAAUGCCGUAUCUUUUUUACUAGACUGUGACAGUUUUGUGCGAGAUGACACAAUAAUUGAAAAGUUUGUUGUUGCAUUUCAAGACCUCACAGCGUACAGUUUGCUCAGUAUAGCAGGAAAAUUUCAACAAAAAUUGCAAAUGACCGAAUUUUCAUUCGCAGUUUUGCCCGGAUCAAUUCAAAGAAUGUACCUCAAAUUGUUGUUGUCGAUACUUAAAUGUAAUGAAAACUGGCCUCUGCGAAUUUUCAAGAAACUGAUAAGUAGUCCGCUCCAAGACAGCUGCAAAGAAGUUUUUCUUGAUUUAUUCAUUUUUGUAUUAGAUUCAGAGAAUUCAGAGUUGAUUCAAUUUAUUGAAGCCAAGGAAGUACUUCUCUGGUUCAAGAGCCGAAAUAUAUACCUUCGUCAAAAGCUUGCACAUUUCUUAAGCUGCUUAAGGUCAAAACAUCUGUUAAUUUUCCAAGACAUACUAAAUUUUACAGAAACUUUUGAGGACUCUGAAUUGAACAGCUUGGUUAUUUUGCUUGACGUCGAUUUGACAGCAGACUCGAUGGACGAUAUUCGUAGCAGGAUUUUAUCACAGGUUCCAUUGGAUCCUAGAAUCAUUCUCAAACAUCCUGAAAUAUCCACGGAUAUUGUUCUGAAAGACUAUAUCAGACGAAGCAGAAGCAAGGCUUGUUUCUACGAAUCUCUAGUCGCUUUAUUUCAUGCUGGGGACAAAUCUGUUCAGCAAGAAAUUACAAAUUACCUGUGCAAUAAUAUAUCAGUGCAUCAAUCAGAAAACAAUCAAAAGUUCAUUUUGAAAACGCAACCAGUGAGUGCUCUCGUAAAAGUUCUGCCGUAUUUGUUUGGAAACGAAGAAGCCCCGAAUUGUUUGAAAGUAUUGUUAACUCAUAUUUGGUCGACGGACAAAAUUUUUGAGCCAGUUAUUUUGCGAUUGGAUAUUUUAACCGCGUUGCCGCUUCAUAUACAGUUAACUGUACCAGAAGAACUGUUGAUUGACAACAUGUUUUACUCAGUGGACGAAAAUGAGCCGAAAGUGUUUGAAAAGGCGCUCAAAUUGUGUUUGCAGAAACACACAGAUGAUAUUGUGGACGUUUGGAAUUGCCCAAAAAAGUUGCUGAGUGUGGAGAAAAAUGUGCUUGGGGUUAGCCAAUCAGAAGCCUCCCUCAAAGACUGCCUCAGUCAUGCCUGUAUUAGCACACACUGGGACAUGCGAGAUUGUGCUACCAACUGUCUGGCGGUUAUGAUGGAGCGGUGUGCCUGUAUAUUUAUGGAAGAGAGUAAAAUGGGGUCCAAUCACAAUAUACUGACAGAUAUAUCGAAUAUGAUUCUAAUUUUGAUGAAAGAUUCAACUGUUUACGUGCUGGGAUCUGUGUGCAAACUCAUCCAAAUCACAUGCGAAAACGAUAUAAAUGACUGUCUGUCUGAGACUUAUGCGGAAGAGUUUUUCAACCAUUGUUCAUGCUUUUGCGAUGACGUAAUCCACAGUGAGAUGAUGCAAUUGAUGGAGAAUUGUAGCAUAAUGAGAAAGUAUGUGAGCAAAGAAGUAUUCAUGCGUACCUUGGAAUCAGAUUUAUGCAGCUAUCAGACAAAGUCACUGGCCGCGAAGCUUCUCUGCAUAUCUGCGAAUGAUAAUCAGACUGCUGAUUCUCAGCUUAAGACUGAGAGCGAAAAAAAGCAAUUGUUAACUUCAGAUGGUAAAAAGUUGGUGGUCCCUGAUUGGCUGGAGAAAUUUCUAAGUGACUCAUCAAGUGACAGAAUGCUAGUUCAUCACAUUGAGGUUGCGAUCGGAAGGCGGACUGAAGAAGUUGUUAGUGAACAAGAGCGGAAGUGGACUUCAUUCAUUCAUGUAUGUGAACAAGUAAUGGCCGAAUCACAAGCUGUUCACGUCGCCAUGGAUUGCUAUUAGAGUUUCGAUUCGAUAAUUUGUCUGUCAGUCGUACUAAAAUAUGAUUCUCUUCAGAUAGUUGCGCUGUGAUUGGUUUCCUUAUAUAAAUUAAUUCAGGGUCAUUUUUGUUGUGUUAUGAGUUGCAUAUUGAUUGCAGUCUGAAAAUAUGCGAGAAUUGCUGCUUAAUAAUGAAUAUGAAAAAUACAGUUUCAUUGGAUU